GACAACAUGAAGUCUGACAACAUGAAGUCCAGAAACUUCUUGAGCCCAGUGGUGGUACUUCUUGUCCUUGGGACACUGGUGGCACAGGCAGCUGUCAUAAAAGAUCAAGGCACUGCGAAAGGACAAGAUCCAGUCAAAGGACAAGAUCCAUUCAAAGGACAAGAUCCAGUCAAAGGACAAGAUCCAGUCAAAGGACAAGAUCCAGUCAAAGGACAAGAUCCAGUCAAAGUCACAUCCCCCUAUAAGCUUGGCUUCUGCCCCGAGAUUCAGAUCCAGUGCGCCAUGAUAAAUCCCCCUAACAAAUGUCUGAGUGAUGCUGAUUGCCCGGGGAGAAUGAAGUGCUGUGUGGGCAAUUGCGGGAGAGACUGUAUGAAUCCUUUGUGAGGCGGAGUCUGUUCUCGCUGCACCUGUGAAGCCCCAGGGAUGCAGAUCCUGGUGCCUGUAGCACUACCCUCUCCCACACUGCCCAUUCUUCCUUUCCUCCAGGGUGCCCAAACCUGGGAUGCCUCUCUCAUGUACUUUCCAAUAAAAGACCACUUUCUACUCCA